AUGAAUCCGCCUAAGCUUCUUGGAUCGAAGGUUGGUGAGGACCCACAGAACUUCAUUGACAAGGUUAAGAAAAUUCUUGGAGUAAUGCAAGUGACUCAAACAGAGAGUGUUGAGUUGGAAUCCUACCAACUUAAGGAUGUGGGUCAUAUUUGUUGUACUCAGUGGAAAGAUAAUAGGGGUGCAGAUGCAGCUCCUGUGACUUGGGAUUGUUUUACUGGAGCUUUCCUAGACAGUUUCUUCCCAAGGGAAUUGAUAAAAGCUAAGGCAAAAGAGUUUAUGAACUUAAAGCAGGGGUCAAUGUCGGUCCAAGAGUAUGGGCUGAAAUUUACUCAGCUCUCUAGGUUUCGACAAGAUCAUAAAGGUAGGGCAUCAGGCUCUAGGUCUCAAUGGAGUGCUUUAGGUAAGAGUACUUACCCAACAUGUCCAAAGUGUGGUAAGAACCACCUGGGCGAGUGUCUUGCAGGAAAGGAAGGGUGCUUUGGGUAUGAUCAGUCGGUCCAUAGGUUGAAGGAUUUCCCUUCUUCUAGGCAGGGGAAAGGAGGUAACAACAAUAGGUGGGGUCAGCGCCAGAAUAGGUUGUAUGCUCUUCAGGCUAGCCAGGACUAG